GUCUUUUUAAGUGGUUAAUAUGAUUCUAGCUGAGACAGAGAUCACAAGAUAUCGAGAAGGAGUCAAGAACCGAGCAGCUCAAUAGUGGUUUCGUUCAGCCUGAUAUAAGUUCGUAGUUCGAGAUCCAGACAUGUGCUGAAGUUCAAUGGCUUCAGAUAAACAAGUCACAUUUGUCAUCGUAGGUGGAGGAAUCGCAGGUGUAACUUGUGCAGAACAGAUCGCAUCGCAGUUCCCAUCAGAUGAAGUUUAUCUUCUGACAGCCUCUCCCUUAGUGAAGACGGUUAUAAAUUUCAAACAGGUGUCGAAGACCUUGGAAGAAUUUGAUAUCGAGGAACAGCCAUCUAGUGUUUUAGAAGAAAAGUAUCCCAAUCUGAAAGUCAUACAAUCUGCAGUCAAACUCCUGCGAGCUAAGGAACACCUUUUACAAGCAGAGAAUGGCCAGACGUUCCAUUAUAAAAAGUUGUGUCUCUGCAGUGGAGGCAGACCCAAGCUUCUCAUCCAAGACAAACCUCAUGUGCUGGGCAUACGAGACACAGACAGUGCUCAGGAUUUUCAAAAGCGCUUAUCAAAGGCUAAACGGAUAGUCGUCAUCGGCAAUGGAGGAAUCGCGUUAGAAUUGGUGUAUGAAGUCGAGGGUUGUGAGGUGAUCUGGGCUAUAAAGGAUAAAGCCAUAGGAAACACAUUCUUUGACGCGGGAGCCGCUCAGUUUUUCAUUCCCUCACUGGAGGCUGAAAAGAAAGACAGGUCAUUGCCAUGCAAGAGGUCACGCUACACUACUGACAAGACCGGAGCAGGCCCCAGUGGGGCUUCAGGGGAGCUUGGCAGUGCUUUGGGCCCAGAUUGGCAUGAAGGGAUUGAAUUUAGAGGAGCAGGGCAGAGUUCCAGCGGAGUCCAUAUAGAAUACGAGUGUGAGGUUGAUGAGAUCUUCACACAACAGGAGUUUUUGCAGUCCAAACUCAGCACAAAGAAAUCUGAAUUAGGGAUGUGGCCAGCUUAUGUCCAGUUAAACAAUGGGAAGGUUUAUGGCUGUGAUUUCGUUGUCAGCGCAACCGGUGUCGUGCCGAACACUGAACCUUUUCUCCAUGGCAACAAUUUUGAUCUUGCAGAAGAUCAUGGUCUGAGAGUGGAUGAUCACAUGCGGACGUCCGAACAGGAUGUGUAUGCGGCUGGUGACGUGUGCACUGCCGGCUGGAAGCCCAGCGCUCUCUGGCAACAGAUGCGAUUGUGGACUCAGGCGCGUCAGAUGGGCUGGUACGCGGCGCGGUGUAUGGCUGCAGAUGUGCUGGAGGAGCCCAUAGAGCUGGACUUCUGCUUUGAGCUGUUCACACACAUCACCAAGUUCUUCAACUACAAGGUGGUUUUGCUAGGGAAGUUUAAUGCUCAGGGUUUGGGCUUUGACCAUGAGCUUCUUGUGCGCUGUACAAAAGGGCAGGAGUAUGUAAAGGUGGUUCUGACCGGGGGCCGAAUGGUGGGGGCCGUCCUUAUCGGAGAGACGGAUCUGGAGGAAACCUUCGAAAACCUCAUUCUCAACCAAAUGGACUUAUCCCGAUAUGGCGAAGAGCUUCUUAAUCCUAAUAUUGACAUUGAAGACUACUUUGACUGAAUCUCUCUGGUUAGCCAAUCACAGAGAGAUGAGUAAGUUAUAUUUUAAAGCACUGUGUGAAUUCUGUUCCACAAGCAGCACCAAACAGAAUUGCAAAAAUGAUAAGAUUUGUCCCACCACAA